UCGUUGAUGAGACAAGUGGGCCUGGUUCUACUUUUCCAUAAACCCUAACGUUAACAAUUACGCUCUCUCCGUAUUGUGCCGAUGGCUUCCCGCUACAGGUCCCUCGCUAGACCUUCUAUGGCUUUCCUCAAAUCCACUAUCACCAAACCCUCCGUUCAACCCAAACGCACGGCUUCUCUUCUGUCCCCUCCCUCGCCUUUCACAUUUUCGAGACCGGUUCCUCAAUUGGGUGCUCUUCAGUCUUUGCUUCCCCUUCACUCUGCGGUCUCUUCAGCUCGGCUGACCUCAUGCCUUGGCAUUGAUUCGAACUCAAGGUCGUUGUCUCAGGGUAUGCUCUGCAGUUCGAACCCUGGAGUUUGAUUAUCCCCAAACUCCUUUACUUUUACCAUCUAACUAGGUCUGAGUGUGCCGCGAUAAGAGAUGCUAGUGAGAAGUUGAGGCCAAUUGAUGGUGAGAACUGCUGGCAAGCCUCUUUUAUGAUGUCCCUUUUCUGUCAGUUGAAGUUUUUGUUAACAACUCCGUAGCUUCAAGAAUCAAAUUCUUCAUUCUUAUUAGUUAUGCCCUCAAAUUUUGAAAUUUUCUGGAUUUUGCAUGCCUUCCCUUGUAUGCUGAUACAGAAUGAAUGUAGCAUUACAAUAUUGUUCAUCUGGGUGAUAAACUUUUGUUUGCAAUGUAGUUGAACAUUCUGUGUUUCCUCA